AUUUUUUCACACACAAAGAGGAAACGUCGCCUGCGAUUCCUUCACACGCACAAAAACAAAAACAAAAACGAAAGCAAAAAAAAUAAAAUAAGAGAAAGAGUCGCCUCCGACUCUUGUAGGACGGAAUCGAGGCUUUGAGUGGUCUGUCUUCUCGUCAGAUACGAGAGAACAGAGGGAAUAAAAGAAUGGCUGUGCAGUUCAAUGGCGGCAGCUGUGUUGUGGCAAGAUCAAUCUCACCGGCGGAGUCGCCGUCAUUUCCGUCUGCGUUCCGUAAGUUGACCGGCGGUAGGUUUGGUGGUUCCGGCAAGGUGCGGCUCGUGUAUGCAGUUGGCGCUGCUGGAGCGGGGAACAGCAGCAGUGAUGGAAGCAGCAAGAAGAAGAGCGUGCCUAAUUCCAAUUAUGUGGUGCCUCUCGAUAAAUCGUUUUCCUUCGCCCAAUCUUCUUGCAUAACUCGCCCGCUCGCAGAGAUCUUACGUGAUCUGAACAAGAGGAUCCCGGAUAACAUAAUCAAGCCUCUCCAACCUCCGACCUCCAUUCCAUGGUAUCACGCCAACCGAAUGCUAAGCUUCUACGCCCCUGGGUGGUGUGGAGAAAUAAGGGAUGUUAUAUUUUCAGACAACGGUAGCGUUACUGUGGUUUACCGUGUUACCAUACGUGGAUCCGAUGGAGAGGCACACCGCGAGUCAAGUGGCACAGUGUCACCGGUUGAUGCCGACAUUGCUGAUCCUGUAGCAGCAGCAGAAGAAAUAGCUUUCUGCAGAGCUUGUGCUAGGUUUGGGCUUGGCUUGUAUCUAUACCAUGAAGAAUAGAGAGUAUCCUCACCACACAGGGGUUUGAGGGUGUGAUUAAUGUAUGAGUCCGUUAUUAUUACGAUGUUGUACUGAUUAAUCUCUCGCAAACUCGGCCAGCCAACAAAGGUAAAUAACUUGAAAGAAAUGUUUGCUUUCCAAAGGUUCAUUGAUUUGUUCCGGUCGAUUGUGCCCGAUUUUAGUGCAAUGCCACAAGGAAACUGAAAGUUAAAUGAACAACUGAAAGCAACAUGAAUACACCAAUAAAUAAGCACGAGUGGGAAAAUGUUGUCGAUGAGAUGGGAGGAUAUGAUUUAUUCUUCUUCUUCCUCUUCUUCAAAGCAUUCCGUUCCAAAAAAAAAUGGGCAAAAAAACAAAAAGAAUAGGAACAGAGACUGGGUAGGGGCCAAUAAUACGAUGUCCAAAGCCAGAAGGACGAGCUAAUAGUGUGCACUCGCUAGGCAAUUCGGCAAGGAGAUAUGCAAUUGUGGAGGCAUGGUUCAAUCAG